GGGGGAGUCAAAGCAGAUAACACGGCAGUUCAACGCCUGAGAAGUCAAUCACGGCUCGACCAGUCUGUUUCGUCUCGGAGCGUGUACUAAAGGUUGUCUUUAAAAUCCGACGCCUGUACACUUGCCACAUUUGUGCCGAAAGUUGAAAGCGAGCAGUUUAUUUCGACCCCCUGCUUGUGAGAACUCUGCCGGGACGCGCUUUUUGUUUGGAUAUUUUACAAUAGAGCGGAUGUGCGCUUCCGCGUUGGGCAGAGCCGUAGUGCUACAGCGGGAGGAUGAACGACCAGAAAUGUAGACCUAGCACAUUAUUUCAGAAACCAAGACGACGGACAGCCAUUAUAAAAUGUAUCUAUGUGGUGGGCUUCAUGGACUUGUUUGGGGUGAGCAUGAUCAUCCCGCUGCUGAGCCAUCAUGUCAAAGCUCUUGGAGCAAGUCCCACUGUGGCUGGGAUUGUAGGAUCUACAUAUGGGAUCUUACAGCUCUUCUCAAGCACAAUAGUUGGCAGCUGGAGUGAUGUGGUGGGACGGCGAUACUCCCUGCUGGCUUGCCUGCUGCUGAGUGCUUCUGGCUACUGCCUGCUUGGGAUGUCCACCAGCAUCGCUUUGUUUGUCCUGGCAAGGAUACCUGUGGGGCUGUUCAAGCACUCCCUGUCCAUCUGCAGAGCCCUGCUGUCUGACCUGGUGUCUGACUCCGAGCGCCCUCUGGUGAUGGGGCACUUUAAUGCAGCCUCCAGCGUUGGCUUCAUUCUUGGUCCCGUGGUGGGUGGCUACCUCACGGAGCAUGAAGGUGGUUUUUAUACAUCCUCUUUUACCUGUGCAGCCAUCUUCCUCCUGAAUGCAGGGCUGGUAUGGAUGCUACCAUGGAAGGAGGCGCUAAUUCACCAUAAUGGCACUAACUCAAGUAAUGACACAAGCAAAGGUUGUCAUGACAACAACUGCAGUAAGUCCAUACACAAUGGCUCUCAUGCAAAUAGUCAUCAGCCAGUGUUGGCGGCAGAGACUGACCUAAGCUCCAGAUCUCCAGGGAAGCAUAGAGGAGGUCUCAGGUGGAAGGAGGUGUCUCUGCUCCAGCCUGCCUGGAGACAGCUGUCCUCAGUGGGCUCCAAGAUCCACAUGGUGGCCUCCUCUGACAUGUGGGACCUGUUCCUGGUGCGUCUUCUGAUGGCAUUAGCUAUCAUGCUUUAUUACAGCAACUUCUCUCUGGCAAUGGAGGAGCGUUUCUCACUUAAACCAAAGAUGACGGGUUAUCUGAUCAGCUAUAGCAGCACUUUGGGCGCCAUGGCUGGGUUCCUGGUUGGGCCGGUCACCCAGUUGUAUGGGAACAACAUGCCUGCUCUGCUGCUUCACUCCACAGUUCUCACCUGUUCACUAAUUUUACUGUACACUGCAGCGUCCAGCGUGUGGCAGGUCGUGCUCAGCUCCACCUUCUUUGCCAUUUCCACCAGCAUUGGACGGACAUGCAUCACAGACCUGGAGCUACAGAGAGGAAGCGUCCAGGCCAGUGGGACUUUGAUCGGAGCCGGGCAGUCAGUUACAGCCAUUGGCCGAGUGCUGGCCCCUCUCCUCUCUGGUCUGGCUCAGGAGUUCAGCCCUUGUGGUCCUCCCAGUCUGGGAGUCAUUCUGGGUCUUGCGGCUGUAAUGUUACUGCUUUUCAGGAUCCCCAAAUGGAACCGGAGGGGGCUGACAAAAAUAGUCAAACUUAAAAAAAACUGAGAAAAUAAACUCAUGUAAAUUUAAGAAACUCUAAGCAAGACUACCACACAGAGAAGUGCACUUAUUUGUCGGCCAGCUGUGAAGAUGAACAGCGGACUCGUGGUGGGGAUGAUGUUUCCUGCUCAGAUGCCCCUGCCAAACGUGUCUAUAGAUUCAUCACAGGGUCAGAAUGGCUCGUCACUACCAGCACUACAAACCAUCUCCCAGGAGGCGGGACUUCUAAAAAUCAAGUCAGAGUGGAGAAGUUUAAUCUGCUUCACCCUGUGCUAAAGCUCGAUCAGACAGAAACAAAUGGGUGUUGUUUUGGCACAGACUGCUUGGGACAGCUUGAUAGGAUACAAUGCACACUUUUAUUUUUAAUGUAUUUUUGUAACCACAACAUUGUCCAAAGUCCCUGGUGUUACGAGAAUAAUUUUUACUGUUUUUACCAAAAACAAGACAAAGGUGAUGGCGCCGUCACAUUUCAGGCAGUAAUGGUUCAGACAUUCACAAAUGAGCUGUAUUUAUCAUCACUUUGGGGGAUAAUAAGAAAUGAAUGGGAAAUCGGGCUGCCAGAAGAUAGAUCACACCGUUAUAGUAAUAAUUUGUUUAACACACUUUACCUCAGUGCCAGUUGUUUCUUCUUAUGCACUACAUCAGAAAUGGUUCCUAUAUUUGCUGUGGUUUCUAGUUCUUGAAUCUUAAAGUUAGAGAUUUAUUAUGUUUAAAUGAAAUUUCAAGAAUUUUCUUGCUUUCAGUUGUACACUGAGCAUCACUACGGUUAGAGACAGACCUGUUAGAGAUUCAUGCUAAAAGGUCAUAAGGAAUAAACAUCAUUUUGUAUGUGA